CAAGCUUGGAGAAGGCGACCGAUUGUGGAGAGGCGAGGCGGAGAUAUUGUAGACACUGCGCAGUGGAGUGCUCUCCAAAACUCUUCCUCAUUUACUUUCUCUACCAAAACGCGGAAGCACCGAUCUCACCCAAAGAUCUCCUCUUCAGCCUCUUCAAACCACUGCGCACCAAAUAUCUUUGGAUCCUGUUGCCGCCAUUCAAUUGCAUGUAAGUACCACUAUUUCCAAGCUUCCACGGUCCUCCAGCACGCGCCGAUGGACACCAACAUGAGGUGAUCCUUUGGAGCGAGAAAAAAAUCUGAAAUCCUACCUCUUUCUCCAUGACAACUUCAAGAAGGAACAAUUAGGAGCUGACAGAAACUGUGGGCAAAAAAGACUCUGGUCGUAGGUCGUAGGAAACUAGAUCCGCUCCAACGGUGCUAGGGAAAGAACUAGAUCAUCUAUCCUCAGUCCCUACAGUAACCUUCAUCACCAUUUUACGCCCAGCCCAACCACCACCGAUUUCAGAUUCCCAACGUCCACCAAGUUGCGAUUACUUCACAACACCCAGAGAUCAUGUCGGAAACAACAGGGUCGCAUGCUGGAGUGCACAAUGCCAAUAGAGACAUUCGCAAUCACUAUCUCUUUGAGAUAGCCACAGAGGUCGCCAACCGAGGUAUGUCGCACCAAAGCCGUUGGGACCAGCGCCAGAUCCAUGAGACAAUGUACUGACCUGUCACAGUGGGUGGCAUCUAUUCCGUCAUCAAAUCCAAAUCUCCUGUGACAACGGCUGAAUAUGGCGAUCGUUAUUGUCUCAUUGGACCCUUGAAUAAACAAUCCGUAAGCUCUUCAUGCGAAAGGUCGCAAGCUCUCAACAUGGCUAAUUCCACUAGGCGGCGGUCGAGGUAGAAGCUCUCACUCCUACCAAUCCACACCUUGCCAAGACGAUCGAGUCGAUGGAAGAGAGAGGAAUUGGCAUUGUAUAUGGGCGUUGGUUGAUUGAAGGAGCUCCUCGCGUUCUGUUGAUUGAUACGAAAACUGCCUACAGAUUUCUGGACGAAUGGAAGGCCGAUUUAUGGAACACAGCAGGAAUCCCAUCUCCCCCUGGAGAUGACGAGACCAAUGAAGCAGUGGUGUUCGGUUACCUCGUCGCAUGGUUCUUGGGAGAGGUAAUUACCCAAUUUUUAUUCCGAUCUCGGUUAUGGCUAACAAAAAUAGUUUGUCUAUCAUGAAAAAGAACAUGCAGUUAUCGCGCAUUUCCACGAAUGGCUCUCAGGUGUCGCAUUGCCUUUAUGCAAGAAGCGAAGAAUUGAUGUGACCACCAUCUUCACUACACACGCAACUCUUCUCGGAAGAUACCUCUGCGCCGGUUCGGUCGAUUUCUACAACAAUCUGCAAUAUUUUGAUGUGGAUGCAGAGGCUGGAAAGCGUGGUAUCUACCAUAGAUAUUGUAUUGAGCGUGCUUCCGCACAUUCUUGCGAUGUUUUCACGACUGUAUCGCAUAUCACUGCCUACGAAAGCGAGCAUCUCCUGAAGCGCAAACCCGAUGGCGUACUUCCAAACGGUCUCAAUGUUACAAAGUUCUCCGCCAUGCACGAAUUCCAGAAUCUGCAUCAGCAAUCGAAAGAGAGAAUCCACGACUUUGUUCGAGGUCAUUUCUAUGGGCACAAUGACUUUGAUCCAGAAAACACUCUUUACUUCUUCACUGCUGGUAGAUACGAGUACAGAAAUAAGGGUGUUGAUAUGUUUAUAGAGUCCUUGGCUCGAUUGAACCAUCGAUUAAAGUCUGCCGGAUCCAAGAUCACCAUUGUCGCAUUCAUCAUCAUGCCAGCUCAAACGCAAUCUCUAACCGUGGAAGCACUAAAAGGACAGGCAGUCAUCAAGUCUCUGCGGGAUACGGUUGAUGUGAUUGAGCGCAGUGUUGGAAAGCGGAUUUUUGAACGUGCUUUGAAAUGGCACGAGGGAGAAGCAAUGCCAGAUGACAAAGAUCUCAUUACCAGUCAGGAUCGAAUUCUUCUUCGAAGACGAUUAUUCGCAAUGAAGCGCCAUGGACUUCCUCCGAUUGUUACGCAUAACAUGCAAAACGAUUCGGAAGAUCCAAUUCUCAACCAAAUCCGAAGAGUGCAACUUUUCAACCAUCCCUCAGACCGAGUCAAGAUUGUCUUUCACCCAGAGUUCCUGAACUCCGCCAACCCAGUUUUGCCAAUGGAUUAUGAUGAUUUCGUUCGAGGAACCCAUCUUGGUGUUUUCUCUUCGUACUACGAACCUUGGGGAUAUACGCCAGCAGAGUGUACAGUCAUGGGCGUUCCAAGUAUUACAACCAAUCUCUCUGGAUUUGGUUGUUACAUGGAGGAACUGAUUGAGAACUCUACUGAUUACGGUAUCUACAUUGUUGAUCGUCGUAUGAAGGGUGUUGAUGAUUCCGUCAACCAACUUACCUCCUACAUGUUUGAUUUCGCCAACAAGUCGAGACGUCAACGUAUCAACCAAAGAAAUCGUACCGAGCGACUUAGUGACCUAUUGGACUGGAAGCGAAUGGGUAUGGAAUAUGUCAAGGCAAGACAAUUGGCUCUCAGAAGAGCAUACCCUGCAUCAUUCGAAGGAGAAGAGGACGAGGACUUUAUCCCAGGUGUUGAACAGAAGAUCUCGAGACCAUUCUCGGUUCCUGGUUCUCCUAGAGAUCGCAGCGGAAUGAUGACUCCUGGUGACUUUGCCAGUAUACAAGAAGGACGAGAAGGUUUGAGCACGGAGGAUUAUGUUGCAUGGAAGCUACCGUAAGUUUUAAGUUUUCAAUUUCACUCGAUGAGCAUCACAAGGACGGUACUAAUUGUUUUCUUUGUAUAGUGAGGAAGAAGAUCCUGAUGAGUAUCCAUUCCCUCUUACUCUCCGAUCGAAAAAGCCUACGGGGCCUACUAGUCCUGCCGAACCUGUUACGAAUGGAGGAUCAUCAUAAUUGACGGGCCUGUUGUUUUAAGGGAAUGCACAUUGGCGGGUUAAAACGAUACAUAUAUCGAAUGGGCAUGUUGUACGUACGGAGGCAGAUGCUUUCAGGCUAUGCGGA